GUACGGGGACCGGUAUUUGCAAAUUGGCAACUUCAGAAUCGGGGUCCCAGACGAUGCAGACCACUGGUUGUACAUGACCCGCACCGACGACGGUGAUGGCAGGGUCAUUCAGGGCUGGCACAAAGAUGGCUCCGUCAAUACCCAUGGUCAGCGCCGGCGCCAGUUUUCACCGACAGCUAACCUGAACCGUCGACAAAUACAGUGGCACUGUGGCAACAUCCAGGCGAAGCUGGGCUCUUGCAGUGGGAUCACCGCAGGUCCCGGCUUCAUCCAGUUCGGGGACUGGCGUCUGGCUGCUUUUAGCUAUGACUACUUCUCCAUCUCGCACCGUUCCAGAAAUACCGCCUGGCGAUUCAAGCGGGAUGGGACGCAUUGGGCAACAGCUCACCAAAAUCAUAACGGUUGGGACGAGCACGAGGCCGGGUAUGUGCCUGCGGGGGAUGUACAGGAGGUGAAGAUCGGAGAUCGUUUCAUCGAGUUCGGCAAGUUCUGGCGGCUGGGCGAAGUAAGCGAAGACAAGCUCUCCAUCUCUCAUUCUAGUGGCCACACUGCCUAUGUUUGGCAAAAGAACGGCCACGUGCUAGGCGGGCCUCGCACUGAUAACAACCUCUUCAACCGUCGCACGACGACUGAGCCCACGGGGGUUACUUUCGGUGAUCGCUUCGUGCAGAUCGGCCACUUCCGAAUUGGGGAUGUGGACGGGUGGCACUUCUCCAUCUCGCAUGUGAACAGCGGCCUGACCGCGCAGAUUUUCACAGGAAACGGACACGUCCACAACGGCAACGGGCAUCGGAGAGAUUGGCAGACAACGGGUCCCUGCCGCACGAGGACUAAUGGUGCAGACAUGGCCUCCGUGAAGGUCGACAGUGGGCCCAGUGACUUGCCCUACUGGCGGGCCUUCGAGCGCUUCUCGGUCGUGGACGCCGGCAACGGCCUCGUCGCGCUGCACAAUGCCAGGAACAACAGGUUCAUGAAGAUGAGCCACGGUGACAUGACGGCGUCUCCUAUCAAGCCUGCGAAUCGGCUACCCGCCAGCGGCUGGUACAGCGAGUACUUUCAAAUCGUCGAUGCUGGCGAUGGGAUGGUGGGACUCCACAACCCCUAUUUCAACCGUUUCGUGCAAAUGCAAAGCAACGGCCAUGUUCAAGCCACAGGUGGCAGGAAUGCCCGGGACUUGAAACAUAAUAAGGGUUGGACAUUUGAGAGAUUCUACAUGGUGCCCGUGAAGAAUUAUCUUCAGCCGGGAGCCUGGGUGGGCUUGUUCAAUCCAACUGCCAAGCGUUUCCUCCACAUGCACGGCUCCGGCAUGGGGUGCAGCGGUCAAUUUCAUCUCUUCGCCGUCCUGCAGGAUUGGAAUACAUACGAGCGAUUCAGGGUGGUUGAUGCUGGCAAUGGCAUGGUUGCACUGCACAACCACAUUUUCAAUCGCUACGUGAGCAUGAUAUGGAAUGGCCAAGCUCAUGUGAUGACCCGAAGCUCGGCCUCUCCCGACGACGCUCGCGCGCAGUGUGAUCGAGACUCAGGGUUUAGGGUUUAG